UAUCUGGCGGCGCGGCUCACCACCGAUCGAAUCAAAGAAAAAUCAAGAAAAACCUCAGACCGUCUCAAUUUUCAUCAUACACUUUUUUGUUUGCUUUUUGUUUACCUACCACUUGUCUGCCCUUUAAGCGCUUCAAGUUUUGUGUGUUUUUGUUUGUUUUUGAAUUUACAACGAAAAGGAGUCGUCCACACAAGAUGCAGUACACAAAGUGCAAAACGAUGCUGAUGCUGGCCGUGCUAGCGUUAUCGCUAACGCUUUCGCUAUCGGCACCCUCGCCCCAGCAGCUGAACGCCGAGUUGGAGUCCACCCUGCAGGACAGCAGCUUCAGCAGCAGCGACCCGGACCUCAAUCCCAUCAAUGCAGAGGAGGUGUUGGGCGAUGGCCAAGAGCGCAACAAAAGAAAACUACCCGAUGCGACAUUUGAGGCCAAGAAUGCCGUGCUCGGCUUUGUCUUUGGUAAAAUCGACAACUUCCUGGACACGAAGACCCGCGUGAUCGAGCAGCUGGACCGCGCCAAUAUCGAGAAGAAUAAACAGUGGGACAUCAAGUCGCCGGUGCCCAUCAAGGACUUCCAGACCCUGAUCACAGCCGUCGUCUCGCCGAAAAUCCGCUCGUUGGGCAACAUUGCCAACGACAUCACCACCGGUGUAUUGACAACCAUCACCGCCUUCAGUGGCUCCUCGGCGGGCAAUGGCAAUCCCAAUGCCGGCCUGGGCAAUGUUGUCUCAAAGUUCUUGAGCUUCUCCGGCCCCAUACUGCAGGGCUCCUCGGGCGGCGCUAAUGGCAUUGGCGGUGUGACGACACCCUCACCGGACUCUGACGAGGCGGGCUACUAAGCAGGAGCCACAGGAUGAAUGGAGAAAAAGAGAGAGAGAGAGA